CUCACUCACUCCUCUUUGGACUCGCCGCCGCCGCCGCCGCACCCAUCCGUCCCCUCCCCGCCCCUCGAUCACUGUCGUUGCGGGGGCCGGCCGGGCAUGGAGACCACCAGCGUGUCUGUGUCUGUCGAGUCCACGCGUCGCCGCCGUCACACCACCACGGCGUCGACUGCCGCCGUCCUCCUCGUCCUGCUCUGCUGUUCGCUGCUGCAGAGCCCCGCGGCCGCGCUCGCUUCCGGCUCCGGGAACCCGUCGUCGUACGUCGUGUACCUCGGUGGACAUCCGCCGCGCGACGACGGCGUGUCGCCGGAGGUGGCGUCCCGGAUGGCCGCCGACUCGCACUACGACCUCCUCGGCGCCGUCCUUGGAGACCGGGAGAAGGCGCGCGAGGCCAUUUUCUACUCGUACACCAAGCACAUCAAUGGCUUCGCCGCCAACCUCGAGCCCCGCCACGCCGCCGAGAUCGCCAGUGAGCCUCUCACCGCCGAUCGAACCCUCUCGCAUGAUGAUCUGUCAAACAUGCACGAUCUAUAUAUAUUUUCUACUCUGAAAUGCAUUUCAGGGUACCCCGGAGUGGUGUCGGUGUUCCCCAACAGGGGCCGCAAGCUGCACACGACGAGGACGUGGGAGUUCAUGGGGCUCGAGAGGGCCGGCGACGUCCCGCAGUGGUCGGCCUGGGAGAAGGCCAGGUACGGCGAGGACACCAUCAUCGGCAACCUCGACUCAGGCGUCUGGCCGGAGUCCAAGAGCUUCGACGACGGCGAAAUGGGGCCCAUCCCAGACGACUGGAAGGGCAUCUGCCAGAACGACCACGACAGGACGUUCCAAUGCAACAGCAAGCUCAUCGGCGCGCGCUACUUCAACAAGGGGUGGGCGGAGGCGUCGCGUCUCCCGCUCGACGACGCGCUCAAUACACCCCGGGACGAGAACGGGCACGGCACGCACACGCUGUCGACGGCGGGCGGCGCCGCGGUGCGCGGCGCGGGCGCGCUAGGGUACGGCGUGGGCACGGCGCGGGGCGGGUCCCCGCGCGCGCGCGUGGCGGCGUACCGCGUCUGCUUCCGCCCCGUCAACGGCAGCGAGUGCUUCGACGCCGACGUGCUCUCGGCGUUCGAGGCCGCCAUCGCCGACGGCGUGCACGUCAUCUCGGCCUCCGUCGGCGGCGACGCCAACGACUACCUCUACGACGCCGUCGCCAUCGGAUCGCUCCACGCCGUCAAGGCCGGCAUCGCCGUCGUCUGCUCCGCCAGCAACAACGGCCCCGACCUCGGCACCGUCACCAACGUCGCGCCGUGGAUCCUCACCGUCGCCGCCAGCUCCGUCGACAGGGAGUUCUCCGCCUUAGCCGUCUUCAACCACACCAGGGUCGAGGGCAUGAGCCUGUCGGAGAGGUGGCUGCACGGGGAAGGCUUCUACCCGAUCAUCGCCGGCGAGGAAGCGACAGCUCCGGGGAGCAAGCCGAAAGACGCCGAGUUGUGCUUGAUGGGGUCCCUGGACCCGGAGAAGGUGAGGGGAAAGAUCGUGGUGUGCCUGAGAGGGAUCGCCAUGAGGGUGUUGAAGGGGGAGGCCGUCCGCCACGCCGGUGGCGCCGCCAUGAUCCUCGUCAACGACGAGGCCUCCGGUGACGACAUCUACCCCGACCCGCACGUGCUCCCGGCCGUGCACAUCUCCUACGCCAACGGGCUCGCCCUCUGGGCGUACAUCAAGAGCACCAAGGUUGCAACCGGGUUCGUCGUCAAGGGGAGGACGAUCUUGGGCAUGAGGCCGGUGCCGGUCAUGGCGGCUUUCUCAUCUCAGGGGCCCAACACGGUCAACCCUGAGAUCCUCAAGCCAGACAUCACGGCGCCGGGGGUGAACGUGAUCGCGGCGUGGAGCGGCGCGACGUCGCCCACAGAGAGGUCAUUCGACAAGCGGCGCGUGGCGUUCAACAUGCUGUCCGGCACGUCCAUGUCGUGCCCGCACGUCUCCGGCAUCGCUGGCCUCAUCAAGACCCUCCACCCGGACUGGAGCCCCUCCGCGAUCAAGUCGGCCAUCAUGACAAGCGCGACGGAGCUGGACGUGGAGCGGAAGCCGAUCCAGAACUCGUCCCACGCUCCGGCGACGCCGUUCAGCUACGGCGCCGGCCACGUCUUCCCGAGCCGCGCGCUGGACCCGGGGCUCGUCUACGACAUGACCAUCGUCGACUACCUCGACUUCCUCUGCGCGCUCGGGUACAACGCGACGGCCAUGGAGGACUUCAACAAGGGGUCCUUCGUGUGCCCUAGCACCCACAUGAGCCUCCACGACCUCAACUACCCGUCCAUCACUGCCCACGGUCUGCGCCCCGGCACCACCACCAUGGUCCGCCGCAGGCUCAAGAACGUCGGCCCGCCGGGGACGUACAGGGUCGCCGUCGUCAGGGAGCCCGAGGGGGUGCACGUGUCGGUCACGCCGGCGAUGCUGGUGUUCAGGGAAGCCGGCGAGGAGAAGGAGUUCGACGUCAACUUCACUGUCAGGGACCCUGCCCCGCCCGCCGGCUACGCAUUCGGCGCCAUCGUCUGGUCUGAUGGGAGCCAUCAGGUGAGGAGUCCACUGGUGGUGAAGACGACGCAGUGAUGAAGAAGAACGCUUGAAGUACAGUGUGUCUGUUGGCGGAUCGAACUAGGAAUCUAGCUAGUUGAGGGAGAGCUAGAAAGAUACUAGGUAGCAUCGAUCAUUAGAGAGGAUAAAAUGUGGUAUGGGUCUUUUUUGAUAAUGGAAAAAAAAUCGAGCUUCAACUUUUUUUC